AUGAGCGGCGGCGAUCAUGAAGUACCCAUUACCCACAUGGCCCUACCAGGGAGCGUGGAUGUGAAACUGGCUGAGCUUCCUGAACCUUCACUAGCAGUUGACAUUGAUGCAACAAGAGAAGCCGAGAAGUUCGUGAAGGCAUUUAAUGAAGCUAUUAGUGGGCCGAGCCCUGAUACUGUAGCCGAUUUGUUUUGCAAGAAUGGCUAUUGGCGUGACCAUCUCAUGCUAUCCUGGACCUUUCGGACCGUGCAGACACCGGCCAAGAUUCAAGAAUUUGUAUGCGAAUGCGCCAAGUCCAAGCAAGGAUUCAAGCUUGUAAAGCUUACGCUGGACAACAGCAAGUCCUUUAGACAGCCCACGGUGAGCCCCAUUGACGAUAAAGGCGAGGUCCCAGUCGUAACGGCCGUCUUGACGGCCGAAUCAAAGCUUGGCACGGGUGUUGGAUAUCUUCGCUUGGCUCAGGAAAGCGGACAGUGGAAGAUCUACACCCUUUAUACCAGCCUUAGAAAUUUGAAUGGUUUCCCAGAAGACAGCUUCCAACGCCGUCCUGAUGGUCGUGUCAAUGGCCGGGGCCUACGCGGAAAGAACUGGAACGACCGCCGGGCUGCAGAAGCCAAUUACUCCGAUGGCAGUGACCCGAAAGUCUUGAUUAUUGGUGCCGGCCAGGCUGGUCUUACCGUAGCUGCCCGACUCAAGAUGCAAAAGGUCAACGCUCUCAUCAUCGAUAAGAACGAGCGGGUCGGUGAUAAUUGGAGGAAGAGGUAUCAUAACCUCGUGUUGCAUGAUCCCGUCUGGUAUGAUCAUCUGCCAUACCUCAACUUCCCCCCUCAAUGGCCCAUCUUCACGCCUAAAGACAAGCUUGCAGGCUGGCUGGAAUCAUAUGCCGCUACCAUGGAGCUCAAUGUAUGGAUGAACACAAGAAUUCUGAGUACGAGCUGGGAUGAUGCAAAGAAACGAUGGGAUAUCAGUGUUUCUCGCACGAGAGACGAUGGGUCCGAAGAAGUUCGUUUAUUUCACCCUCGCCAUGUCAUCCAGGCUACGGGCCAAUCUGGUGAGAAGUACCAGCCAUCCAUCCCAGGCGCGGAUAGCUUCGAGGGACAGCGCAUAUGCCAUUCAUCCGAGUUUCCUGGCCUCAGCGAAGAGGGCCAAGGGAAAUCGGCAGUAAUCAUUGGCUCUUGCACGUCCGCCCAUGAUAUUGCUCACGACUUUGUUGAGAAGGGCUACGAAGUCACCAUGGUACAAAAGUCCAGCACGACUGUUGUGUCAACCGAUGCCCUCAUGGAGUCGAUGCAAGGGCUCUUUGCAGAAGACGGUCCACCAACGGAGGAUGCCGAUCUUGUAAUGAAUGGGAUGCCGACGUCUUUACUCAAAACCAUGCAGGUCCAAGCUAGUAAGAAGACGCGCAUCUAUGACAGGGAUCUGCUUGAAGGCCUUACCAGGGCGGGCUAUAAGCUUGACGAUGGACCGCGUGAGUCCGGUAUGAUGUUUAAGUUCUUUCAACGUGCCGGCGGUUACUACAUUGAUUCCGGAACAUCACAGCUUAUUGUUGAUGGAAGAAUUAAGAUGGCCCAAUCACACCAGAUUGCAGAAAUCCUCCCCCGCAGUGUCAAAUUCGUCGAUGGAUCAGAGACCAAGGCGGACGAGAUCGUGUUCGCUACAGGAUACCAGAGUAUGAGGACACAGACGCGCCAGAUUUUUGGUGAUGAGAUUGCUGACAAAGUCCCCGAUGUCUUCGGUUUCAACGAAGAGGGUGAGUUUCGUGGACUGUGGCAGAGGACCGGGCACCCGGGUUUCUGGUUCCAUGGCGGUAGCUUGGCUCUGUGUCGCUACUACUCACUGUUGUUGGCAUUGCAAAUCAAAGGAUUGGAGGAGGAUAUCUAUAGUUACAACGAUAUUUGA